GCAUUUCCACAAGCUCUCACUAAACACAAAACAGCCUUUUAGUGCUCUGUGUUCUGUUCUGUGAUUUCUGUGCUCUGUUCUCUGUUUUGAGCUCUUCUGUCUGUUUGUGCUGCGGUAUUGUUAUCAGAGAAAUCAUGAGGGAAGGCACUGCGAAUUGCGUUGACAUCAUUUUGGCCAUCAUCUUGCCUCCCUUGGGAGUCUUCCUGAAAUUUGGCUGUCAUGUGGAGUUCUGGAUAUGCUUGCUGCUCACAAUUCUUGGCUACUUGCCAGGAAUUAUUUAUGCAAUCUAUGCCAUCACUAAGUGAAACCGUCGCUGUCAUGCUUUCCUUUGGAUGUAAUUUUAUUUUAUUUUAGGGUUUGCUGGUUGUUUAGGGUUUGAGUAUCCGGCUUGUUGCAGAAGAAUAAUGGAAGGAUUUUCAGCAGUGAUUUUAGUUGAGGCCGCUGAAGCCAAACACUUUGAUGUAAUAUUUAUCCUCGAUUUAUUUGGCCGUUAGGUCAUGGACAUGAUUGUAUGAAUCAUUUUUAGUAAUUCUAAAAUAUCAGUGUAAUAUUUUUUUAA